GUUGCAGCACAGAGCAACCAGCAUCUGUCUGAGCUCUGAAAUCCAGCAAGACAGAGGUGCACUGGAAACACUUGAGAUUAUUUUAUUGUCCGAAACAGAUCAUAGUGGAGUAAGAAGCAGUGCAGCAGCUUAUGACAGGAAGUAACGUGUUCCUGUGUACUGCUCUGACCCCAUUUUAUGUGGGCCAGCUGUGCAAGUCUGUCUGCUAGAAAGGUGGAAGUGGUAAGACACUGUUUCAUUCCUGGGGCAAUUUUUAACUGAAUUAUUAAAUGUAAACCUUAUGUCACAUUUGUACAUUAACUUAUUAUUGAGAAAAAUGUAUCCUAUUCUGUAGCAGGCUAUUCUUUGACUUGUAUUUUAAAUAAUCAUUUAAUAAGUCAUGCAAAAUUGCAAAGAUAAUAUUGUAAGGUCUCAACUUUGUGUUUUGUAUAAUAUUUUAAGUUUAAUAUUUAAAUAAGACAAAGUUUGCAUCCAUAAUGUGUAGGCUCUUAAGCUUAAUAUUUAAUUUGGUCAAGUAAAUUUGUAUUUUAUAUAAUAUUUUAGAUUUUAAACAUAAUAUUCAAAUUAGGCUAAUUUCCAUGAAUAGCAUUGUAGGAUCUUAAUCGGAACAUUUAAUUUAAUUAGGUAAAUUUGGAUAUUAUAUAGUAUUGUAGGGUCCUAAGUUCUAACUUUAUUCUUUAAACUUGUUAGGAGAUUUGCAAUGUCAGUCUGAUUUUCUUCAUAUUUUUUCCUGCAGAACUCAGAGUCUGCAUACUUUUCAGUUUUUUAUGUGUUUAUCUUAAAAGAAAAUAUUGACUGACGAUUUACUGCAGCAUGUCUGAUAAUCUGUUCUUCACUGCCAUUUAGUGGCAAAUUUUUAGCAUUCAAAAAUUAAAUGCAGCAUCAAAGCUGCCUCAUUUUAUCAGGGAUGUACCCCUGACAACGCUGUAACUACGACUUAAUAACUCAAAAUUCUGAUCACAAGGAAGAUGCAGUAAGUUAAAUUGGGUUCUCUACUAAUUACACUGAUGUCUGUUUACUACAGCAAAGAGAAAAAAUGAGACCACAAUGUAGUACUAAACUGAAAAAAAAUUUACACUUAAAUCAACAGAAAUUAAUAAAGAAAUCCCACAGAAUCAGAAAUAACAAUGAAGUGAAAAAUAAUAAUAAUAAUAAUAAUAAAUAAAUGAAGUUCUUUAGCUCCAGUAGUUCACAAUCAAGACUUGGAAGACCUUUUGUUUUUUCUCAAGGAUCUGUUUUUAAAAUUUAAUUUCUCUUUAAUAUUUGAUGGGAAAAAAAGCAUGCAUGGAUGAAAUUAUGUUGCAAUAUUUUCAAAAUAUUUUGUCAUGUCUUCACUUGAAUCCUCCUAAACGUAUAAUUAGGUAGAAUGUUCCUUGUCUUUUGUAGUUUACUUGUACAUUUUCAAACAGCUUUUUUUAAUGACAGUGCGAAGUGUUUUCGGCUAGUUUAAUUCAGCACAGCAACUUAAAGUGAAUGUGUAAUUAAUGUGUAUUCCAGCUGCCAGAUGCUCGUUCAGCUGCUACAGUAAAGAAAUCAGCAACGGCAACAAUGCUUAACAUUACUUACACCAGUUUUUUUUUCGAUUGACAUAGAUGGAGCUAACCCAAAUUCAUGAUCUUAUAAUCCAACUGUUCAGCCUGCUACGAAAAAGAAAAAAGAAAAAGGGGGACACAUGGUCAGGCGCGCGGUGACGUCACUGAUGAGACCUUUUGUGACUGGCUUAUUCAGAUCAGCAGCACGGUUUGACAGACAAAUAGUGACGCAGCCUCUGGUUUGUUGCUAAAUUGAAUCAACACAGUUUCUCGAAGCAGAAUAAUAUGUGAAUGAUGAUCAGACUCAUGCUGAGUGCCGUUUGUCGCCACCGACAGCAAACUCUCGGAGCGAAUCGGUGUUGAAAAAUGUGGCAAUUAUUUAAAAGUCAUGAGCUUUAUUGAUGUCACAAGAUAUCAUGUAUCAUCUGAAUGCUGCGUAUUUGCAGGUUUCUUAUUAAAAUGCUGUGCUGGCCUUAUUACUGCCAACACAUAUACCUGUGUAAUUAGCUUUUGGGGCAUCCAAAAAUAUAUUCCCCAAUGUGAGUCCCCUGAGAAAAAACAGUGAAAAACACCACAGAAGGCAGAAACAAAAUCGCUGCGCAGUCACAAAAUAUAAACCCUGUCUGAGUUUAAAUUUAAGCAAAACUGAAAUCCUGCAAUCACCGAGCAGAAAUGCCUCCUCGUACAUCUUUUAUGUUUUUGGUGAAAUGUCAACACGCAAUUCCAGCAUCAGAAGGAGCCGAGAAGCCUUUUGAGAUCAGGCACAGUGCCUCGCCUCAGCCUCUGCACGUCUGCAUCUCUAAACCGUUGACCUUACAAAUGAGCAUGCUGCAUCAUUGUGAGAAUUGGUGUUUCUGGGCGGUGCAAAGUGGAGUAGAGCACAUCAGAGUGCAGGAUAUCUGAGAACAGCAGCGCACAGAGAGGCAGGCACAUCCGCCGCUGGAGGGAUCAAAUCUGUACCAUCUGACGCUCAAGGAUUUAUGGGUUUAGUCAAAAUUGCUUUUCCCACUGUGGAGAUUAAGCACCGUAGGAUGUUUUCCACUCAGGCCGUAGAAUAGCACAGUGUAGCUGCUGCCGUUGCCGUUUUUCCCCUCCUUGUUACCGGCUCCGGCGCUGGAGAAGGGAAUGUCUCAGGAAGGCAGAGUGCUCCAAACCCUGGAGGGGAGUCGAUUCUGAUUGACAGCGGAGGUCCGUCCUCUAGGGAAUGUGAACCAUGCAGGUGGAUGCGGUUCUUGUGCUCUUCUGUGUUUGGCUCGCCGGUGCAGCUGGGAAGAUGGUCCAGUCGAGAGGUCACAAGCUGGAAACCUACAAACAAAGCAGGUCACGAAGAGACACCAGAAUGGAUGGGGGUGGAGGCCACAAAUCUGGGAGCCCCAUUUACAAGCGAAGUCCAGACAUGACGAAGUCCCCAAUGACAAAAUCUGAGCAGCUCCUGAGAAUAGACGACCACGAUUUUACCAUGAGACCAGCAUUUGGAGGUCCUCCAAUUCCUGUUGGAGUAGAUGUUCAGGUUGAAAGCCUAGACACCAUCUCCGAGGUGGAUAUGGACUUCACCAUGACACUGUACCUGCGUCACUACUGGAAGGACGAGCGGCUGUCGUUUCAAAGCACCAACAACCAGAGCAUGACCUUCGACAGCCGCUUGGUGAAGAAAAUCUGGGUUCCUGACAUGUUCUUUGUCCACUCCAAACGCUCUUUCAUCCACGACACCACCACGGACAACGUCAUGCUGAGGGUUUAUCCCGACGGCAAUGUGCUCUACAGUCUCAGAGUCACAGUCACCGCCAUGUGCAAUAUGGAUCUCAGCCGCUUCCCUUUGGACACCCAAACCUGCUCACUGGAAAUUGAAAGCUAUGCGUACACAGAUGACGAUCUGAUGCUGUACUGGAAGAAAGGCAACGAAUCCCUGAACACAGAUGACAGAAUAUCUCUGUCCCAGUUCCUCAUCCAGAAAUUCCACACCACCACCAAGCUGGCUUUCUAUAGCAGCACAGGCUGGUACAAUCGCUUGUACAUUCACUUCACCCUGCGGCGCCACAUCUUCUUCUUCCUGCUGCAGACUUACUUCCCCGCCACUCUGAUGGUCAUGCUCUCCUGGGUGUCCUUCUGGAUCGACCGCAGAGCCGUCCCCGCGAGGGUUCCACUCGGCAUCACCACAGUGCUGACCAUGUCCACCAUCAUCACCGGGGUCAACGCCUCCAUGCCGCGGGUCUCCUACAUUAAAGCAGUGGACAUUUACCUCUGGGUCAGUUUUGUCUUUGUCUUCCUGUCGGUGAUAGAGUACGCAGCGGUUAACUACCUCUCCACCGUGCAGGAGAGGAAAGAGAGGAAGCUGAGGGAGAGACUGCCGUGUACUUGUGGCAUUGGAAACCCGGACGAGAUGAUGAUCGACCCCCAGAUCACUGGCUACGGGUCCAUGGAUGUGAACACCACAGGGAAUUAUGGGAUGCCAGAAAACGGCGGCCGCCAGGAGCGAAUUUUGGCCCAGGUGGCACUGAAUGACCCACAAAUCACAGGCCAGGUGAAGCCAUCCAGAGGCUACGUGAACAUCUGGAUAGACACCCACGCCAUAGACAAGUACUCGAGGGUUGUCUUUCCUGGAGCGUACAUCCUUUUUAACAUUAUCUACUGGUCCAUCUACUCAUAACCUGGGAUACAGGAAAUGCUGGAAGAGCCAUCCACGAUGGGAUGGCAAGAGCUCGGCUCAUUUGUGCAAGAGCUGGAAAGAUGACUUUGCAUUCGAUGCAACUUUUCAGACAGAGAAACUGCUCAUUAGAUGCAUGGGGACCAUAGAUGGGUGACCAUUGCCUUCUUGACCCAGCCACUUAAAACUGAUGAGUUUAAAUAUGAGCUACUGACAAGCAGGACGGUCAGUGUCACUGUUUUUGUCUCACUCUGGAAUCAGCGUGGUUUCAUGUUGUAUCUUUAACGUCGCAUCUCUGCACACAGAGACGCCCAAACAUGAACUUCUGUAACUCUGCAGUGCGACUCAUUUUUAAUGCAGUGACUCCAAGCACAUUCACAAAGCUGAAAAUGUGAACUGAAAACAGGUUUGCACUGAUAGCGCUGCCAGCGUAUGGACAGAUCCUACUGCUCUGCAUAAGAACGAAACCUGGUAAACAAUCACAAAGUAAAAAUCUUCAGAGGAGGAGUAGUUGACAAAUGUGUUUAUUAACUGCAUGAUGUCGAGUUAGCUGAGAAAGUCGCUGCCACUUAUUUAAAUAUGAGGCUACAUCCAGCAGCUAGUUAGCUUAGCUUACAGACAAAGUAAAACAGCCUUUGUCCAGAUUAAAAGUUCAAAUACCAGCACCCCUGUUGUUCAGUAAUUAUUUAAUCUUUUGAUUUAAUCUGUACAAAAACUAGUUUAAAAGGCUUGUUGAGUGCUGGAUGAUAUAACUCCUGGGAUCAGUAACUUCAUGAGAUUAAGAAUUGGAAUUGUUUCUUUAAAAAUGUUACUUUGGCUUCUUUAGUUCUGGAAGUUGCACUUUUCUUUUGCAGCAUGUUAGUAUGAUUCAGUUUAUGGUACAUAUUCUUGUGAACUUUGUAUUAAUGCAGUUAUUUUGCUGUCAGGCUACUGCGUUGCAUUUGUGUGAGUUGACAAAGUUUAGUAACAAGGCAAAAUAAUGCAGUAUAUUAAAGUGACAAAUGUAAAAAAUAUGUUUAGUAAGUUUCAAACAGAUUAUGAUAUUGACUUUUUUAAUGUCCUUAUUUCUUCUUUUUAUAUACAACUGAAGCUCAUCUCCUCUGUUUGGUGUUGUGGGGCUUUGAGGUUCAUUGUGACCUGUUAGUUGCUAGUUUUUUUUUGUUUGUUUAUAUUUUUUUGUCUUUUUCAGCUUCAAACAACUUUAUACUUUGUUAGGCAAAAGAUAUGUUGAAAAAUAUGUCAGUGAUUUAUGACAAUUUCAUCACCGAACAUGCAGAUAUUAAAUGAAACAAAACAUAUGUGUGGGAAAAUGUUGAAUAAAUGUUCUGUUUUAUGAAAA